GCACAUAGUUAUUGUUGCCCGCCAGCUCAGCUCAGCUCGGUCUGAGGAGAACUUGCGGCUAAAAAGAUGGCAUCCCAGCUGCUGUGUUGGAGGCUGAUGGGCCUCGUUGCCUUGCUGACCUUGUUGGCUUCUACAGAAGUGACAAGCGCUGGCAAGAAACUGCACCAGCUUUUAAGAAAACGAGAAGUGGCAGGAGAGGCAGCUGCAUCGUCGUCCUCCUCCAAGGCCUCAGUGGCCAUGCCUCCAUCCAAAGCUCAGGAGUUUCUGGCAAAGCUGAGUCGCACCAAGAGGAACAUUUGGGACCGCAGCAGGCCGGACGUGCAGCAAUGGAUUAUGCAGUUUAUGUACAUGGGCUACGACGAGCAGAGGCUGGAGACGGACUUGUCCUACUGGAUGGACCACGCACGCUCCUCUGACCAGGGACGACAGCAUCACUACGACGAGAACGCGGCCAUCGGCCCGCGUGACCCAAACUCCUACCGACACGGCGCCAACGUCAACUAUGACUACUAUUAGCGCCACUGACGUGACGACAAAGCCGCUUCCUGCUCACAACCCAA